GUUGUUAAUCAACAUCAAGCAAAAGAAAAAGAAAACAAAUCUAGAAAAAGAAGUUGAAAAAAUGCAGGGAGCAAAGAAAGCCGGAGAGACCAUUAAGGAAACAGCUGCCAACAUUGGUGCUUCAGCCAAAUCUGGUAUGGAGAAGACCAAAGCCACCGUCCAAGAAAAGACUGAGAAAAUGAGCGCACGUGAUCCUGUACAGAAAGAGGCAGCAACCCAAAAGAAAGAGGCGAAGAUGAACCAGGCAGAGUUAGAUAAACAGAUGGCGCGUGAACACAACGCGGCAGUUAAAGAAUCUACCACGGCAGCCCAAAUGGGUCAGGCCCACCACAACACAGGGACUGGAACCACCACCACGGGAAAUCAUGGACAGCCCAUGGGGGGCCACCAUAGCACCGGGACCGGAACAGGAGCAGGCACUUACUCUACUAUAGGAAAUUAUGGACAAACCACAGGGGCCCAUGAGAUGUCAGCCGUACCUGGACAUCAUACUGACCAUGUUACCGACGGAGUGGUGGGCUCACAUCCUAUUGGGACCCACAGAGGCACAGAUGGGACUACUACGGCCCAUAAUACCCGUGUUGGUGGAAAUCCGAAUGCCACAGGGUAUACCACUGGUGGUGCUUACAAGUGAAUAUCUACAAUAAAUAGAAACUAACUAAACACAAAAUAGAGUUUUGUUUUUCUUUUCAGUCAUUGUCUUGUAACUUGUUUUGUCUCUCUGUUUUUUGUGUAAGCUUGGGAAUGUUCCUAUUAGUACUAUAGUACGUGGAACAUUAUGUGCCAUGGAGUUGCAAUUUCAUUUUGUUUAAAUAAAAAUGCUUUGUAAAAGGAAAAUAAUAACAUUUAUUUUGAUUCUAAGA